AUGUUAGAAGCGAUAGACAGCAAGCUAAAUAACCAGCCACUAUUUUCGGCCAACCUGGAAGUUACAAAUGCAAAGAAUACUAUUCGGGCCACUGUAGAGUUUAUGGUUAUUUCCAUGAUUGCUGAAGCUGCACAGCCUUCUGAAAAGACCAAAACCGCAUUUAUAGAACAACUUGCAACACAAAUAAGAGGCAAUGAUGAGGGGUUUCCUAAAUCGGAAGGUAUGCCAAGUCUUGCAGAAAUUGAACCCAAGUCAGGCCGAAGUCCGACAAUGGAUGAAAUUGUAAGGAAUAUGCUUCAAGAUGUAAAAGAGGGCCAAAAAUUUCACGAUGCAUUUAGUAAAACCAACUUUCCUGCGCGAAAUGAAAGGGGAACUCAAAAAGGCCGUGAACAACUGCAUUAUCAGGGCAACAAAGUGGUUGGGAUAUGGUUAAUUCGGAAUAGAGCAGCCAAAGAACACGACGAAGAAUUUGUACAAGAAGAAGUUAAGCGUGAGUUCUGCAGACAAAAACGACCGCGUGAGAAAAGAGCUUCUUGUGCGUUGGAGGAUAGAGUUAGGGUCACAGUUGACGAAGAAUCUAUCAAAAUUACCGAUUCUUACGUAGAGUUUGAUCUGGUAAGUCGUCGUGAUGCGAAGAAAAGAAGUCACAGAAAGAUUUCGUUGGAAUCAAUUGACUUAGCAACGCCUAAGCUUAUUAAGGAAUAUAUGUCUAAAUCCCAUUUUGCAGGAGCUCCUGAGGCUUAUGCAAAGAUCAACAAAGGGUUGGCUGUUCAUGGAUUAAUAUUUUCGUUUCUUGGAGCAAUGAACUAUUUUUCUAAAGGCGAUAAUGUCCGUGGAACCUUUACUUUGUCUCAAUCUGUCCACACACUUGGAGAUUUAACAGGUAUUAACGAAGUCGCGACAAAAGUUGGCAGGCACUUACUAAGAAGAGCAGCAAAAAACGUAGCGAAAGGUUUAAAUUUAGAGAAAGGUUUGGAAAGAUUUUCUACCAAAGUGGAAAGGUACAUGGAAAAAGGAGUCGGCAAAUUGCUUGGGGCAAUUCCUGUAGUUGGACUUGCUUUUGAUGUUUAUUUUGUUGAGCAAGACAUAGAAGAACUGGCCAACUUAAACUUCAAUGACGCUGAAGAUGUAAAACUGCUGCCACUACGUAUAAUCGAUUUAAGUCUGGACAUAUCAACAACGGUGUUGAACCUCAUCGGCACAUUCUGUCCAGAAGCAGAAGUUAUUACCGAGCCUCUCAUCAUUUACCUUUCGAUAAUACGAAUGGCUAUCGACGACUUUUACAUUGAAAUAAUGGGCGAAAUGGAGAAGGUCAAUUGGAAAAGCCCCUGGGCUGGGUUACAGUUCUUGGGGGCUUUGGAAAAAGGUGUUUUAGAAGGAGCUGCAGAUUUCUUAACAGGCGGGCUACUACGACAGAUGGAGUCCUAUCGCAAGCAGGAAAACUAUGACAAGAAACUUAGAAAGAACCUUGCAAAUCCAGACAGUUAUUACAAAAUCGUUGGCGAAAGGAGUGGCAGUGGUAAAACCAUUGACUUCACUAAAGGAAAGCUGUCCAGUUUUGGAGGCUAUAUUAACUUCAGGUUGUUAGAAAACAACAGAGCUUUACUGGAAAUUGGAGAUAUCAGUGGAAGCAACCACAAAACAAUACGAAAGACACUUAAAGUGGAUUCAUAA